GCCGGCGGCCGAGAUCCGCGCCCAGGAAAGCCCCGCGCUGCGCUGAGGAAGGUAGGGGCGCUGGGGUCCCCCACUUUUCUUUCGAGGCGCCCGAACGGCGAAUGGACCAGGAUCGCUCAGGACUUAUCAGAACCUUUACAUACAAAUGUGCAUUAUGAACUUCCAGAAGUCUGGGGCAUUCCUCAAACAUAGUGGUCCGUGGGAUUUUCUUCAAGAAGCAUCUCUGGGGACAGCAGGUGCCUUAGGAUCUCCCAAUGGGGUGGCUUUGCUCUGGGCUCAUGUUCCCCAUGGGCUGCCUGAUCCUGAUGUGGGCCGCAGGCUCUGGCAGUGUUAAGGUCCUGUCUGAGCCCACCUGCUUCUCUGACUUCGUCACCACCUCCACCUGUGAGUGGAAGAUGGCGGGUCCCGUCAACUGCAGCACUGAGCUCCUCCUAUCCUACGAGCUGAUGUCCUUCCAGAAGAUUUCUGACACCUUCGAAAGCCGCACAUGUGUCCCUGAGAACAAGGACGGUGCGGUGUGCGUGUGCAGUAUGAUAGUGGAUAUCAUAUACUCCGUGGACGUCUAUACCCUUGAACUGUGGGCUGGGCAGCAGCUGCUGUGGAAAGACAUCUUCCAGCCCUGCCAUCAUGUCAAACCCAGGGCCCCAGAAAACCUCACGGUUCACAAGAAUGCCUCUGACAUGUUGCUGCUGAGGUGGGGCAACCCAUACGCUCCUGCGGAUCUCCUGUACUCGGAGCUCACCUACCUGGUCAACAUCUCAAAUGAAAACGACCCCUCGGAUUUCGUAGUCCAAGAGGUGAUCUAUAAGGAACCCUUCCUUUACCUGCCAGCCAGUUCCCUAAAGUCUGGAGUCUUCUAUAGGGCAUCAGUGAAGGCCCAGUCUCAGGAGUAUAACAGUACCUGGAGUGAGUGGAGCCGCAGCAACACAUGGUACAACUACUAUGAGAAGCCCCUGGUGCAGCGCCUUCCGCUUGGCAUCAGUAUCUCCUGCAUCGUCAUCCUGGCCACCUGUCUGUCCUCCUACUUCAUCAUCAUCAAGAUUAAGAAAGAAUGGUGGGACCAGAUUCCCAACCCAGCCCACAGCCCCCUCAUAGCUAUCAUCAUCCAGGACUCACAGGUGUCACUCUGGGGGAAGCCGUCCCGAGGCCAGAAACCAGUCAAGUGCCCACGCUGGAAGACUUGUCUUACCAAGCUCCUGCCCUGUUUUCUGGAGCAUAACAAGGAAAAGGAUGAGGAUUCCCCCAAGGCUGCCAAACAUGGGCCUUCCCAGGGCCCUGGAAAGUUGGCCCGAUCCCCUGCAGAGCUCAGCAAGGCAGUGCUCUGGCCAGAGAGCAUCAACGUGGUGCGGUGUGUGGAGCUGUUUGAGGCGCAGGUGGAGGGCGAGGAGGAGGAAGUGGAGGAAGAUAAAGGGAGCUCCUGCCCUUCACCAGAGAACAGUGGGGUCAGCUUCCAGGAGGGCAGGGAGGGCAUCGCGGCUCGGAUGACAGAGAGCCUGUUCCUGGACCUCCUCGGGGGCCAGGAUGGGGUCUUCAGCCCACAGGGCUUGGGAGAGUCGUUGCUUUCUCCACUGUCAGGAAGCGGGAAUACUCAGAUGCCCUGGGCGGAGUUCCCAAGUACAGAGCCCAAGGAGGCAGCUCUGCAGGGCGGGGAGCCGGAGUCGACCAGCCUGGCUUUCACAGAGUUGCCUGCUGUCAUGGAAGACAACCCCACGUACCGCAGCCUCAGCACUUUCCUAAGCCAGUCCCCAGGCUCUGGAGAGCUGGACUCAGACCCGCUGCUGGCUGCAUGCCUAGGGGAAGCAGACUCCCAGACCCCCUGUGCCUCCCAGCCCUUGGAGGAGCCCACCUCGCUCCAGCCGGAGCUGGAGACCUGGGAGCAGAUUCUCCGCCGGAGUGUCCUCCAGCAUGGGGCAGUCCCAGCCCCCACCUCAGCCCCUGCCAGUGGGGCAGCCCAAACCCCAGCCUCGGCCACCAUCAGUGGCUAUCGGGAGUUUGUGAGUGCAAUGAAGCAGGGUAGCACCCAGGAUGGCCAGACAGUGGGCCUCAGCUCUCCCGGAGAGUCUGGGUACAAGGCCUUCUCAAGCCUGCUUGCCAACAGUACUGCCUGCCUGGGGAUAUCUGGGGUUGAGGCCAGCAGUGGGGAGGGGGGCUAUAAGCCCUUCCAGAACCUCCUUACCGACUGCCCUGAGGCCUCUGGCCCAGGCCCAGUCCCCCAGUUCACCUUUGGACUGGACAUGGAGCCCCCUCACACCCCACAGGGUUCACUCUUCCCAAGCACUUCCCCAGAGCACCUCAGUCUGGGGCCAGUGCUGAAGGGAGAGGACAGCCAGAAGCCCCUGCUCCCCACAGAGCAGGCCAUGGACCCCCUCAGGGACGACCUGGGCAGUGGCAUUGUCUACUCAGCCCUCACCUGCCACCUGUGUGGCCACCUGAAACAGUGUCACAGCCAGGAGGAGCAUGGCGAGGCCCACGCUGUAGCUGGCCCCUGCUGUGGCUGCUGUUGUGGAGAUAGGUCCUCACCCUUGGUGAGCCCCCUGAGGGCUCCAGACCCCUUGCCAGGUGAGCUUCAGCUAGAGGCCAAUCUCUCUCCAGCAUGCCUGGCUCCCUUGGGUGUCUCAGAGGAGAACAAGUCCUCACUGUCCUUCCAGCCUCUCCUCAGCAAUGCUCAGAGCUCAGACCAGCCUGCCAAAAUGGUGGCCAUGGCCUCCACGGAACCAUCACGCAUGAGGGUGACCUAGGUGUAUGCCAUUGUCAUUGAGGACCCCAGAUGAGGGCUGGAAGGCAGCCAGGCUGGCAGAUUUCUGGAAGACUCAGAGAACUCUGGUAUGAAGUUGCCCCGACAUGGAGACUAUGGAGACUAUACCCUCACCCAACAUGAGCCUGGGCUUGCCACAAGGCCCCGCAGCCACCCCCCCGCAGUGGAGGGCACCAGGCAGCUGGACCCCACAGCGGGCAACUACAGGGCUUAACUUCCCUCAUGAGGCCCCUAGGUACCGUGACUUGUGAGCGAACCACUGAGGCCUUCCUUGGCUUCCCCAGCUGUGGGCCUUUGACCUGCCCACUCAACACGCUCCAUACAUGGCUCCACUCUGUCUCCAUGUCUCACUCUGUCCUGGGAUUUGCUGCCACAUCUCACUGCAUUGGAAGCGGAGUCUAGAAAUUAACAAAGCCAAACAAGGAGACGUUGGGAAAUAGAUGGGAAAUUGAGGUCCAGGAAGGGUGAUCACUGCCCAGAGGUGACCAUUCAUUCAACAGAGCUUCACUGGGUGGACGCUGGAGACAGAAUCCCGGCUCUCGGAGCGAUGCUCAGUCAAGUGGAGGCAACAGAAAACCCCGUUGCGUUUGAGUCGAUUCUAACUCAUAUCAA